GCUGCCGUUCAAGAGGGGGCACCGAGCCGGGGAAGGGAUGCCUUUGUGCCCGGUGCUCGCCGAAGGAUAGCGCCUUGCAGGAGGAAGGAAAGAAGCAGAGGGGCGAACAUCUGCUCAUUUGAUUGCAGCUAGUUUGCACAGAAGAAAUCCGCUUCCCCCCUCUAACUUGCAGGUGCAGCAGGGGAAGUGGAAUAGGAGAGGCAGAGGCGCGCAGGCAGCCUCACAGGAAAGGUAAAACGGAGCCGGACAUCGCUGCAGGGUCCCUGUCUUCAAGUGUAUGGCGGGGGGAGGAGGAGGAGGAAGGGAAGAGAGGGACUUUGCCUGUUAAAUAGAGGGGGGAGGAUUGGGGAAAGCAAAGGAGAGAGCUGGAGGGAGGGUGUAACAAAGCGGGAGAGCAAGCCAAGAAGGGACAAAAGGGAAAAAGAAAAGGCAGGCAGAGAGGAGGAGGAGAAGGAUAGAGGCACGGAGGGAGGGGGACAGGUUGAGAGACAAGUGGAAAAGUCGGGAGGAAAGGGGUGUCACUGAUUCCCCUCCUCGCCCCUCUGUGCCGUGCAAAACUGGUGGUGCCUCCUCUCCGGUGACUCUGGCUGGUCUCUCCAUAUUAUGUCUGCACUCCGAAGGAAAUUUGGGGACGAUUACCAGGUAGUGACCACCUCUUCCAGUGGCUCAGGCUUUCACCAGCAGCAGGCGACAGCUGCGGCCCCUAAGAGAAAGAGACAACGAUUUGUGGACAAGAAUGGUCGGUGCAACGUGCAGCAUGGCAACCUGGGCAGCGAGACAAGCCGCUACUUGUCGGACCUCUUCACCACCCUGGUGGACCUCAAAUGGCGUUGGAAUCUCUUCAUCUUCAUCCUCACAUACACUGUGGCCUGGCUCUUCAUGGCCUCCAUGUGGUGGAUCAUUGCCUACAUGCGGGGCGACCUGAACAAAGCUCAUGAUGAAAAUUACACUCCCUGUGUGGCCAAUGUCUACAACUUCCCUUCUGCUUUCCUCUUCUUCAUAGAGACUGAGGCCACCAUUGGCUAUGGCUACCGCUACAUCACUGACAAAUGUCCAGAAGGCAUCAUCCUCUUUCUCUUCCAGUCCAUCCUGGGUUCCAUCGUGGAUGCCUUCCUCAUUGGCUGCAUGUUUAUCAAGAUGUCCCAGCCAAAGAAGCGGGCAGAGACGCUGAUGUUUAGUGAGCACGCUGUCAUCUCUAUGCGGGAUGGCAAACUUACCCUUAUGUUCAGGGUGGGCAAUCUUCGCAACAGCCACAUGGUAUCAGCGCAGAUCCGCUGCAAACUACUAAAAUCUCGGCAGACACCUGAGGGCGAGUUCCUUCCCCUUGAUCAACUUGAACUGGACGUAGGUUUUAGCACAGGGGCAGAUCAACUUUUUCUUGUUUCCCCACUUACAAUCUGCCACGUGAUCGAUGCCAAAAGCCCCUUCUAUGACCUUUCUCAGCGAAGCAUGCAAACUGAACAGUUUGAGAUUGUCGUUAUCCUAGAGGGCAUUGUGGAAACAACUGGGAUGACAUGUCAAGCCCGAACAUCAUAUACCGAAGAUGAGGUUCUUUGGGGUCACCGGUUUUUUCCUGUUAUUUCCUUAGAGGAAGGAUUCUUUAAAGUAGACUACUCCCAGUUUCAUGCAACAUUUGAAGUACCUACCCCACCCUACAGUGUGAAGGAACAGGAAGAAAUGCUUCUUAUGUCCUCCCCUUUAAUAGCACCUGCUGUAAGUAACAGUAAAGAAAGGAAUAAUUCUACAGAAUGUCUAGAUGGUCUAGAUGACAUUAGUACAAAGUUACCUUCAAAACUGCAGAAAAUGACUGGAAGGGAAGACUUCCCCAAAAAACUACUAAGGAUGAGUUCUACAACUUCAGAAAAGGCUUACAGCAUGGGGGACUUGCCUAUGAAACUUCAGCGAAUAAGCUCAGUUCCUGGUAACUCAGAAGAGAAACUGGUAUCUAAAACUACAAAGAUGAUGUCAGAUCCUAUGAGUCAAUCUAUGGCUGAUUUGCCACCAAAACUUCAAAAAUUAUCAGGAGGAGGAGGAGGCAGAAUGGAGGGGAAUCUUCCAGCAAAACUGAGGAAAAUGAAUUCUGAUCGAUUUACAUAACAUGAGUAGACUUUUAGGUAUUAUUUAAAGAUUGAAUUCCUAGAAAAUCAAAUUUGGGCAGAAAAAUAACCCCCCUGAAGAGUGUGAUAACUAAUAGGUGAAAGUUUCCUUCAAACUACAUGCAACUUGCAACAUCCAUAUUCCUCCCAGAUAAUGGUGACUGUACUGUAAGUAAACUUCAAAAAUAAAAGAUCUGAAAUCCUUCUUGGGGUUAUAGAGAGCUAAUAUUAAUUGGCAUGUAGUAUCACACCAAGCAUGCAAUAAUAGUGUGCAAUUUUUGCAUAUAGUUUUAUGGCAUGAUUCUUACUUUAUUUAUAUUGUAUAUUCUGAAAAAUAUGUAAAGGGGGUGUUCCUCUCCCCGAUAUUUCUUAAGGAUAAGUAGUAGGUAAAACAUGAGUGGGUAACUUUCAGGGCAAGUUAUAAUUUAAUUUCAUUUUUCUUUUCCUGAUGUGUAGUGUGUGCUGUUUUGUUCAAACAGAGUAGUUAUGGUGCAUGUUUUCUUUCCUAAGCCAAGGUUAUAGGCAUUAGCCAAUUCUAAACACCAAAUCUCUUAGCCUUAAGUCACUUGCCAUUUUAUAAUUUGCUUUAAUAUCUUUUUUUCCCCUGCCAUUAGGACAUAGGGAGAAAUUAAAAUAUAUUUCAUUUGAGGUAUUGAUAAAAAAAAAACCCAAAAGAAAAUGUACUAUUUAGGGCUGGGCCAAAUAAUCCCCAAAUAGAUUUUAGCUAGAUGGAGCAAAGUACAAAGAAAAUCGUGAAAUAAUUUUGUUUCAUGGUUAUUAGUAUAAAUAUAACAAAACACUUCAAAAGAAUUAUUUUGCUUGAUUUCUGGUGCCAAUACUAUUGGCCCAAUAUGGAAAUGAUAUAAAUUAUUUCUUAAAAACAAGUACAUACAUUUCGUGGGUGAUAUUUUGUCCUUAGUAAAGUCCAGUAAAAUUCCCCUUAAUUUCAGUGGCACUAGGGCUUCAGCCUCCAUUUUAGGCAAUAAACUGAAUUAAAACUGACUCUUACUUGACCUCCUUUAAUGUAAGUAGGCCUCCUUUAAUGAUUAGGGAUCUUAUAAACUGAACUGACUUUUUCUAAGUUGUCAAACUUCUAUUGCACAUCCAAAAUAUGUCAAUAUGUUAAUGUUUUACACAAAGCUUUCCUAAGCAACUUCUUCUACUGUUUGGGAGUAUUUUCCCAUACUACUUUCUAAGUGAUGAAAAGGUUUUUAAAUUUAAAAAAUAUUCUCAGAUGAAGUUGCCCCAAAGAGUAUUAAAAUAAAAAAUGCCAACUUUUCAUGAAUGUGUGAGUUUCUAAUCUUACUUUUUUAUUUGUUUGUUUUCAUUUUUGUUUGUUAUGAUGUUUGGCAUAGUAUAUGUACCUGUAGUCAGCUGUGGGUAAGCAGCAUUUGGUUAGCCAUAUUCUGCUCCAAGGAGGGUAGCUAUCUUAAUACACUUUCCAAAAAUUAAACAUCUAUACAGCAUACAUCACAGCAUCUGAUAAAACCCAGUAAUCGAUGACAAAAUGACAUUACCAGUAGUGCAACCAUCCAGAAGUCAUGUGGUCAUUAAGAUAGGUCUGGCUCUUGAGGGUUUCCAUAUUGGCCAUCAAUAACAGCAAAAAAUAAAAAAAUAAAUAAUAAUAAUAAUCCUGGUCUCAAAUUGUUUGAAGUAAUUUGUAUUUUAUUAACAAGAUGCAUUUUGGGACCACAGUGAAUAGAAUAUUUUACUCUAAUCAGCAUGUAUAACUAGAACUGAUUUCUGUAAUAUAUUGGCAGUUCUGAUUCAAAGGGCUUUGGACUAUGUAAAUGAGAUUUAAAUGGGUGCAUAUUUUAGCACUGUAUAAAUAAUAACAACAGUAAUAAUAAUAACAGAUCUACCAAUAUCUGUAUAUGUUCAUUUUUUGUAACUGGUUGCAAGGAAUGUAAAGCAAAGUGUUCUAUGUUGCUAAGUGAGUAAUACAACAACUGGAGCUCAGCACUUUUCCUGGGAGUUGCAGUACAUGAUCUGUCAUCUGUGUACUUUUGGAUUUCAUGGAUACUUCCAAAGUUUUUCAGAGUUUAUAAUGAUUUGUGACCUGCAUUGCAUGCUUCUACACCUUCAGCUAAAUUGUCAGCUCUGUGCACGUUAUUGUUAAUGGGAGUUGUGCGUGUAAUUCCCUGCGUGCUAGUACCAUGCUCUAAUGCCUAGUGAGCAAAUUUCUAGCGUUACAAAACAAAUUCUGAAAAAUUGUAAACUACUUUCCCCCCUUUUGUUGGAACUCUGCAAGAGAGAGUUUCUUGAAAAAUACAUUUAGCUUCUGCACUAGGCAAAGCUGAAGGCCCUAUCAAAAACCAUGUCUGGAACUUCCAUUUCCUUUGUUUAAGUUUCUGCAGCAUGGAAGCUAGGCAGUCAUUUUAAUAUUGGAUCUUACUCUAAAGAUAGUGACAUCAGUAGCAUUUCCACUUGAGAAAUUUUGGAGUGAAUUUGUGUAUAAGAAAUGAGUAUAGAGGGAAAAAUAUUAAUUGAACAUUGAAAUACAAUGAGAAUUUGCAUUGUCCCUAGAAAAUACAAGGCAAUGGUUGGUGAACAACAAGUUAUUUAAUAGACGAAAUAGCUUUGCUCAGAAAUGGAAAGGUAUUCUGUUUUUUAUCCGAUUUUAUUUUUGAUGCUGCAGCAUACAUUGCAAUUGAAAAUGUUCAGUUAUGAUUCAUUCAUAAGAACUGAAUUUAAGUAAAUCAUUUAUCUUUCCCUGCUGGGAAUGAGGCUGCUGAGCCCUGUGGCAUGUAGUACAGUAUGAUGUAUGCUAAUAUUAAAAUAUAUAUGUUUUUCAUUGAUAAUACACUGAAAUCACAAACAUGGAUGAUAAAUUACUUUUGAAAGUUUUUUAGAAACUACUGUUUUUUGAGUUAAUAUUUCAUUUCUUCCAGUAAAACCACUGUCAUUUCAUAAUUUACAUUUUAGCCCAGCCCUAUUGCUUAUGCUAAAAAAGUACUUCUGUUUGACUGCACAGCAGGUCUGUGUUCUCUACUGCUGAAUUUAUGCUUGAAUUAUAUUGUAAAUUGUAUAUAUUCAGAUUAGAAUCAACUAAAUGCAUUUUCUGGCAUGCGAUCUAUAAUUGUAUAAAUGUAUAAGUUUAUUUCGAUUAUACAAAACUACAAACUCUUGUAUUCAUUAAUACUGCAAGCUCAGUUUUAUC